AUGCUGAAGACUGUGCCACAACCUAGAUCUGCUGCAUCUUCCCCGACUUUUCACUAUGCGCCUGCGUCGCAGUCCUCGCCGACCACUCCUGUAUAUAUAUCUCGAAGGCCCUCCAAGGCAAAACCUCGAGCGCAGUUGAACCCCGAUGGUCCUGCCGAGAAGACACCCCCUCUGCAAAUGCAACGGGCGCGAUAUGCGGAUGCCAGUACUCAGUGGGAGAGUCCAGUCAUGAAUCUGAAGACGGAACCUUCAGCUUCUGACGCGACUCCAGAGGGCCUUGCGCAGCCCGAACAAAUCCCAGAGACCGUCGCUACUGUUAUGGCGCCUUCCUCUCCUUCGAAGCCGAUAUUAGAAGGACAAUCUCCCGCCUCCAAAAGACGACAAUCUCCAGGCGGGCAGCUUCCCGGUAGUGGCAGUGGCGAGAUACCGUCCCUCAAGCGUGCGCGAUCUGAUCUUCCCCAAGUCAAGGUGCUGCCUGCCAAAUACGAAUUCUGCGAGGUGGAAGAUAUGGUUGUGCUCAUUGCCAACAUGAUAUCGGAGCUCAUCCAAACCAAUGACGGGCUUCCUCUUCGAAGUGGUGUGCUCACGCGAUUUCACUCCAGGACUCCUCCUGGAAUUUCAGUAUUUGAUUAUCUACAAAGACUUGCAAAACAUGCAACGCUCACGCCCCCGUUACUUCUCUCAAUGGUCUAUUAUAUAGAUCGGCUCUGCUCUCUCUACCCCGCAUUUACUGUAACUACACUUACAAUUCAUCGUUUCUUAAUCACUGCUGCCACGGUAGCCGCAAAAGGUCUUUCUGAUUCCUUCUGGAAUAAUACUACGUACGCUCGAGUAGGGGGUAUCAAGGUAGCAGAACUAGGACUGCUUGAGCUUGACUUUCUCUAUAGAGUGGACUGGAAGAUCGUCCCUAACCCGGAAGUGUUGGUCGAUUAUUACCGAGGCCUGGUCGAGCGCUCCGAGGGUUAUACAUUGGAGGAUGAUUCAAAUCCUACGGAAGAAGAAGAAGAUAAAGAUGGUGACGUUGGAAGCAGUGGAACCACUGAGGACUCUCAGCCGAAGAUCGAAGGAGCCACAGACGUACAGUGGAAGGCUUGGAUGGAAGACGUCUCAACCCGCAAAGCAGGCAUCGCAUCUAGUAGCGAGAGCAAUAUGGAAUGA